AUGUUGCGACAUUUCCUGCUCACCGCACUACUAAUCGCUCUAGUAGCAUGUGUGCUCCGAAAGAAGAAACCAUGCAUCAAUGGAACGCCUGAAGGGGACAAAUGCUUUUGUAUCGAAGGCUGGACUGGAAACCUCUGUCAUCGCAAAAUGAUGUGCGCCGGUUAUGAUCGUCUUCAGAAUGGAAGUUGCAUUGAAUGCCUAGUUGGCUGGGCAGGACCUGACUGCGAUAUUAUCAACUGUCACGGCAACGGAAUGCCGAAUUACGAUCUGACCGAGUGCACAUGCGAAGUUCCAUAUACCGGAAAAUAUUGCCAAACCGCUGAAACUAAAGACAUAUACAGGUGGUAUAACAAUUUUACGUCAAGCAUUGGACCAAUUGGAAUUAUCACGAUUAUCCCAUUGGCUUUGAUCUACAUCGUUUGUGAGCAUUUUGCUAAAAAGAGGCAAUUGAAAAGGGUCGAAGACCAUCUGAACGGAGUUUAUGUCACGAGCGGCAAAAAAACUAUUGAUAAGGACGUGAUCAAGGGUCUUCUCGAAGCUGAAGCUGAAUCUGUGAAAAGUGUGAAAGUCGACGAUAAUAAAGCAGAGGAGAAACCGGAAGAAUCAGCACUUCUUGCGGAUAUUAAUAAUUUAUAG